GCCGAGGAGGAAGCGGAAUCCGCAGCCUAGCGCCCGCUUCGUCUCCCUCCGCCGCGUUCCGGGCCUAAGCGGGAGCGGCGGGGCGGGCGGCUGCGGGUGUCCCGGGACGGCGGCAGAGGCGGAGGGAGACCCGGGGGGCCCGGCGGUCGCCAGGCGGGGGCCGCAGCGGCAGAGGAGCUCGCGGGCGGGGCAGCCGAGUUCCCGGAGGCCCCGCCUGAGCGCGCGCGGAGGAGCCCGAAAGCAGGAUGGCGGCGUCGGCCCUGUAUGCCUGCACCAAGUGCACGCAGCGCUACCCCUUCGAGGAGCUGUCGCAAGGCCAACAGCUCUGCAAGGAAUGUCGGAUUGCACAUCCUAUUGUAAAAUGUACUUACUGCAGAUCAGAAUUUCAGCAGGAGAGCAAAACUAACACAAUUUGUAAGAAGUGUGCUCAAAAUGUCAAGCAAUUUGGAACACCCAAGCCUUGUCAAUACUGUAACAUAAUUGCAGCAUUUAUUGGUACCAAGUGUCAGCGUUGCACAAAUUCAGAAAAAAAAUAUGGACCACCUCAGACCUGUGAACAGUGCAAACAACAAUGUGCUUUUGAUCGGAAGGAGGAAGGAAGAAGAAAAGUCGAUGGGAAGUUACUGUGCUGGCUCUGUACCUUAUCAUACAAAAGAGUUUUACAGAAGACAAAAGAACAGAGGAAGAGUUUGGGGUCUUCACAUUCCAAUUCUUCAUCUUCAUCUCUCACUGAGAAAGACCAGCACCAUUCAAAACACCACCACCACCACCAUCACCACCACCACCGCCACAGCAGUGGCCACCACAAAAUCAGCAGUCUAAGUCCUGAGCAGGAGCAAGGACUGUGGAAACAGAGCCAUAAAUCCUCUGCAGCAAUUCAGAAUGAAACUCCAAAGAAAAAGCCCAAAUUGGAAUCUAAGCCAUCUAAUGGAGAUAGUAGCUCUAUAAACCAGUCAGCAGAUAGUGGGGGAACAGACAAUUUUGUCCUCAUAAGUCAACUGAAAGAAGAAGUGAUGUCACUUAAGCGUCUCUUACAGCAAAGGGACCAGACCAUUCUAGAGAAAGAUAAAAAGUUAACUGAACUGAAGGCAGACUUUCAGUACCAAGAGUCAAAUUUGAGAACUAAGAUGAACAGUAUGGAAAAAGCUCACAAAGAAACUGUGGAACAACUUCAGGCCAAAAACAGAGAACUACUCAAACAGGUUGCAGCCUUGUCAAAGGGUAAAAAGUUUGACAAGAGUGGAAGCGUGCUAACAUCUCCUUGAAAAGGUUACUUGUUUAGCAUUUCUGCUUGACAGUGUAUAUUUGAGGGGUCCUGGGAAGCCCUUAAAUUCUGUGCAGUGGAAAAAUAUUUUUACAUGCCAAGUAAAUUGGUGUGUUUCUUACUCACUUUUGUAAUUGACACACAGCAUUUUUUAAGUUGUAAACAUGCAGAUAAAACUUCAGCUGGUUUGGAGUGACUUCUUAAUUCUUUGAUACCUAGAACUUUUUUCUAGCAAUAGUAUUAAAGGUUGUGGCAUGCACGUGUGUGCACUGUAUAAAAUGCAACAUGCAAUAAUGGAGCAGUUGGGAGGACAGCAGCAGGGCUUUUGUGUUUUGCUUUUGUUUGACACUAUGCUGAUUUCAGAUAAAUAGUUUUCAAUUUAGAAAUGCCAAACUUUUAAACAAGGAAAAUGGUGAACACUGGUUUUUGGGGAAUUGUAUUUUUACUUCACAUCAACAUAAAUUUAGAGAAUCAUGGUGCUUUUAUUAAAAGAGCUUCAGAGUAUAUGUAAAUAUGUUUUUAAAAGUUACAUCACUAACAUUAGUUUAGUAAUCUGACAUUUCAUUACUGUUAUAGGAUUGAUGUUUACUGUACAGCAUCCAAGGUAAAAUGUGUGGUUUUGUUUUAUAAAAACUGUAGAUUUUUACUUACAAGUGCCUUUUUGCCACCUAAUGUUUUUAUUUAUAGGAAUGCUGAUCUUUUGUACAUAUGGUUUGUUUAAAAAUCAUGUUAAUAAGUGUUUGUAUAUAAGUGCAUAUGUACAGAACCCAAUUUCAAAAAGAAAUCAAUUGUUAGUAACAUGCAAGAUUGCAUAUUAAGAAUUAACUGAUAAUGCAUAUAGACUUAAGUGAUUUUGUAGUUUGUUUCUGUAUCAUAAGGGAAGCUGUUGGUCAUUGAGUUCAUUUAAUUAUGUUGAAGUACUUUCCUAAAGAUUUAAUUUUAACUCCAUUUUGAUAGAGUGAUUUUAUUUUUAUGUU